AUUUAGUAUGACGCUGCGCACAGCGGCGGUCGCCCUGCUGCGACUUCCUCUGCUGCUGCUGUUGCUCGCCCCGAUACUUUCUGCAGCGUCAUUGGCUGCAUUCGGUUCUGAGCAUACCUCCAGCCGCUCUAGUCGGCGGCACUUGCUAUCUGACAUGCCUCCUGCUGCAAGCCCUGCGCUUCAUUCAGCGACAGCAUCUCCACCAACUCCGCCGGCGCAUCCGAGCAGCAGUUUACAAAUUAUUCUACAUGCGGGCACGGAUGCAGUCAUGUAUUUCAAUGAUACCGGAGAGUUUGUCCAGGUCCCCUCUGUGGAGGAGUUCUUGCGAGAGCCGACUUCAGAGUGGACACCGUACCCUGCACCGUACCAAUAUAAUAAUGACAUCAGGUUGCGUUCUCUGGCGCACCUAACACAGCAGCUCGACAAGACUGCGGAGUCAGUGCCAGGUGCUCCGCGUGUCCACAUUACGCAGUCCCAAUCCAGCUUGCAGCAGGUCCUGCAGCUCCAAAGCAGCGGCACACCCACACUUUACGUCAUCGCGCCCCAGGACUCCCGCGCUGCUAUAUAUUCUGCAGACUUCCCCUUCAACACAAAGGUGUACUAUGCGCAGCAGCAGGCGGAGGAUGUGGCAGGCGACCUGCAUGGCUUCGUGCAAGGUGGCGGGGUGGUGCUGGUGACCCUGGUCGACAAAGAUGACAUGCUCAGUCACCUUCUGUCAUUCCUGGUGGGCGGCGGUGACAGUGACGGGGCUAUUCACUGUAACACGACGCGGAGCUGGAUGCUAGACAGCGAGGAUGUUACUCAUACACCCACUGCCACCUAUUAUCCCAUGCGCUGGGCAAGGCUGGUGCCACUGGAUGACUUGCCAAGUGAGGGGCUUGACAAUGGGCAGCGUCCAGGCGGCAACAGUGUGUGGCCGCGCCGCUUGCCCCUGCUGGAGGGCAACAUGGUCAAGUGUGACAGCGGCUUACAUCUUUAUGAGCUGGAGGGGGCUAACAGGGGGGAAACUGCUGCAGGGGGCUCCCCGGUGGUUCUUUGGCGGCCUCAUGACAGUUUAUCAUCUGGUGCAGUGAUAUAUGCGGGUCUUAACUGGAAUCUUGGCUCGGACAGCCAGAUGUCAAGGCUGCUGAAAGCCGUUGUGGCGGUCACACAUCAGAAGACGCAGCAGAUCAAGUGGGCCCCCUCUCCACCACCACCUCCACGACUGCCAACCAACCAGCCUUCCAUCCUGGUCUACACAAACCCCGAUGUUGUGGGUCCUUCUGAUGCAGCAGCCGCUCUCCAACGAAUGAAGCAAGUUGCAGAUGCAUUUGAUCCACCCUUCUCUGUUAGUGAGGUUCAGUCACAGGCUGCCAUAUCCCGUGUGACAGCUGGAACUCGUGUUUACAUCAUACCGCCACAGCGCCAAGACCUUCGCAGCUGGUAUGCUGAUCAUGAAGACUAUGCUUUGCUUCUGCCAUACUUGCAAGCGGGGGGCCUGGUCGUGUUGAUGGGGUCUAUGGACAUGUCGGUCACCAGCAGCAGUGGUGUGGCAUCCGGUCAGCCACGCCUGAUUGACUAUCUUGUGGAAGGCAACACUUGUAAAUUGGAGUCACGACCGCAGCUUUCAUCAAUCAGCAUUAUAAGCGGCGAGACACUCAAGCUGUACACACCCACCAUAGCAAAUUGCAAGGUUCAGAGUGACUGGUUUCUCUCUGCAGGCUAUGGGCAUACCUGCUUCUUGUAUGCACCUGCUGGCACUCAAGAGUUGUACUGCAUGGGUGACCUGUCAGGUUCCACCACCCUGCAGCGUAUGGGCUCAACACUAGCAGCGCUCCUGGACAGUGGAGCCUACAGGGUGGUCAACAUGGUUUCUGGAACUACCUGUGCAUGCGUUCUGGUUGAGUCUGUUGCUGCUCCAAAGUCACAGCGGCUAUACUGUUGGGGUAUGCAGCGGUCUAGCAGCUAUAUUGCGGCAGCCAUGUAUACAAUACCAACAUCACUUCUUACUGCACCUGAGUUGAUAAAUAUUAAUGCAUAUCGUUACAUUUACACGGUGGCAAGUAGCGGGGCUACCAUGUGCACUAUUACUGAAUAUAAUUUAUAUGCACCAUAUGGACAAGCCCUUGCAUGCCGGGGCAACAAUGACUAUGGCCAGCUAGGAAUUAUGGACACAUCUGCAUACACAAGCAACUUUCAAUAUGUUUCCAGCUCAGUGGGGAGCCUUUUGAUGACUGGCACCCACAAGUAUGUCACUCUGGCCAUCAGUGAGGCCCAUUCAUGCAUUGUGGUCCAGGCUGUUGCUGAUGGAGCCCAGGACCUCUACUGCUGGGGUUCAAACUACAAUGGGCAACUGGGUGUUGGAGAUACCAACAAACGCUCUAUUCCUGAACGCGUGACUAUGGCUGGGCUGAGCGAUGGCAGUCGCAAAGUCAUCCAUCUAGAUCUUGGCGCGUACCAUACAUGCCUCGUUAUGCAAGUCACUGCAACCAGCACUUUUGAGCUAUACUGUUGGGGUGGUAAUCUUCAAGGAGCUCUGGGUCUCGGCGACUGGUCUGACCGCACCGUCCCUACACUAGUACCAACACUGACAAUACUGGGCAACAACAGACGGGUCUCAGGCCUUGCAGUUGGUACUGCACACACAUGCAUUCUUGUUGAUGCAGUAUCUACACGCCUUCAAGAAGUCUAUUGCUGGGGGGAUAAUUCCGGUGGAGAGCUUGGCCUUGGCGAUACAACUAACCGGAAUACACCCCAGCUUGUCAAAGCUGUUUCACGACUGCUUGCCAGUGGCAGCAGGCAUGCAGUCAGCAUCGUGGCUGGCGCCUACCAUACAUGCCUGUUGAUGCAGGUGGUGGCAACUGGUGAACCAGACCUGCAUUGCUGGGGUUCUAAUGGGUACGGCCAGCUUGGAACCGGAAGCAAAUACAACCAAAACAUGGUGCCAGAAUCUGCUACCCAGCUACCGGCAGCUGUCCGUCGCUUCAUUCCAGCUGGAACAUCAUUGUCGUGCCCUUCAUCCAACCUGGACCUGUGUCAGCUUGGACGUGAGACAGGAUAUUGGUGGCAAGACUGGAGU